GCCCUGGAGCUGCGGGCCGGGCCGGGCGGCAGCAUGGCGGAGAGCGAAGCGGAGACCCCGGGCACCCCGGGCGAGUUCGAGAGCAAGUACUUCGAGUUCCAUGGCGUGCGGCUGCCUCCCUUCUGCCGCGGGAAGAUGGAGGACAUCGCCGACUUCCCAGUGCGGCCCAGCGAUGUGUGGAUUGUCACCUACCCCAAGUCAGGUACGAGCUUGCUGCAAGAGGUGGUCUACUUGGUGAGCCAGGGGGCUGACCCUGAUGAGAUUGGCCUCAUGAACAUUGACGAGCAGCUGCCAGUACUGGAGUACCCACAGCCCGGGCUGGACAUCAUCAAGGAACUGACGUCUCCCCGCCUCAUCAAGAGCCACCUUCCCUACCGCUUCCUGCCCUCUGACCUCCACAACGGGGACUCCAAGGUCAUCUACAUGGCUCGCAACCCAAAGGACCUGGUGGUAUCUUACUAUCAGUUCCACCGCUCGCUGCGGACCAUGAGUUACCGAGGAACCUUCCAGGAGUUCUGUCGGAGGUUCAUGAACGACAAAUUGGGCUAUGGCUCCUGGUUUGAGCACGUUCAGGAAUUCUGGGAACAUCGAAUGGACGCAAAUGUGCUUUUCCUCAAGUAUGAAGAUAUGCACCGGGACCUGGUGACCAUGGUGGAGCAGCUGGCCAGAUUCCUGGGUGUGUCCUGUGAUAAGGCCCAGCUGGAGUCCUUGAUCGAGCACUGCCACCAGCUGGUGGACCAGUGCUGCAAUGCUGAGGCCCUGCCUGUGGGCCGGGGAAGAGUCGGGCUGUGGAAGGACAUCUUCACUGUCUCCAUGAACGAGAAGUUUGAUCUAGUGUAUAAACAGAAGAUGGGGAAGUGUGACCUCACGUUUGACUUUUAUUUAUAAUACCAGAAUCCGCAAACUUGCAUGCUCACGGUCCCCAGACGCUCUACUAGCUAAAAGUCCUGUUUGCGUUCAUUUAUUCCUUGCUGGACACUCCGGAAGUUGCUUGGAAACAGCAGGGGGCGAGCCUGGUGGAGAGAGCCGAGGAGUGAGAUGAUGCUGUCUACAGCAGCCGCCUGGCCGUAGCGUUUGAGUCUCCACGUGCUGGCCAUACCACACGCACGGGCAGGCAAAUGUCUGCCCCUGUACCCCAUGUUAUUCACUGUAUUUUAUAGCGCUUUUCACUGAAAAUCGAAAUAAAUAUGUCAACCAAAUGCAAGUCCAUUUCCAAGGGGGAGCAGGAGCGAGCUGUGCCGGGAUGCUAGGAAGCUCUCAGGGGUCACUGUAAUUUUUAUAGUCUUCUCUCUAGGCACAGCCAUCCCACCUUGUCCCGAGAUCAAAGGACAGGUUGGGGGGAGCUGGAGAGGUGGGUGUAGCCUGUGGAGUUCAGUUUUCUGGAACCAUCCUGACACCAAGCCAGGUCCUGUCCCAGGUCUCUGAGCCCAGUACAGAAUGUUCUGGAAGGGAAGCUGGCCUGAGGCUGCGGAUGGCAUCUGAAGGCAUCAGUGGUGUGUGAAGCGUACCCACAGACACCAGACUGCACCAAGAACUAGUAUAUCUCAUAGCCUUCACUUGCUCCCCAAGGCCGUGACUGGCACACUCCCAAUGGCAAGAGAUAUGACAUACCAUGGUUCUGAAGUCCCUAGUCAUCGUCACGUCUGUGCCACCUGUGCCAAGGCUCUCGCUCGGGAGACCCAGUCUGCAGGUUGACUGUCCUCCAUGCAGAUAGGAUUGGCAAGCCCACCUGUCUGAGGGGGCACCUUAGCCCUCAAGGGUGUCUGAGGGAGCAAUGGCCCCAUGUACUGUCCACCCUGACACCUACCGGCUCUGUCUUCCAGCUCCAAUUUGGCUCAAGUGAUGACCAGAUGAUGGGUGGACCAGGAGAUUGCUGCUUGUGGGGACCAACUUAUUCUGUUCCUUACCAGGAUGGGAAGAGUCUUAACGUGGUGGGGGGAGGCUCUGGCUGUGGAAGGUGCCUGCUGUGCGCCAUCUCUGAAGCAGGUUUGGUUGUAGCAGCGUUACCUCUGUCUAGAGGAAAGCUUGUGUGGGUCUGGUGCAUGGUUCUCUGAGGUGGGCAUGGCAGUGCCUUUCCUGUGUGUCUGGGGAGGAAGGCUGCUUUCUGUGAAAUUUUCUUUCUAUUUUUCUAUUUUUAGUACUGUACGGAUGUUCUGGAACCACACACGGUACUCUGUGCUUGCUUGCAUCUUUAAUAAAAGACACCUCCCCUGUC